AUGGCUGCACGAUGUUUACCAGUAGAAGUAAGCUCUGGCUAUCAAAACAGUAACACAGAGGGCACAACCACGAAAAGCCUUGGCUCCACGCUCUCGACAAUAGCGGUUCAAAUGUGCUUCCCUUGCAGCGUCACCGCUUUCGGCCAUGGUGGUGGUCAGAAAGGUCCAAUCAAGAAGUAUGUAAUCCUCGGCGCUUCGGUCAAGUGA